CCCCGUUCCCUCCUUCUACCGAAUUGGAAGCUUCCUCCUCCUCCCUGGUCUUCCAAAACCAGGUCAAUUCCGUGCGCUCAGAGGAGGAUACUUGUUCUCCCCGGCCACUCCUGGCUCUCUAUCGGAGAAUCGCCUGAGGCGCUUCCCUGUCAUCGAUUUGCCUCUCGCAAGAUGAACAAUCUUCUCACGGAUUCCUUUGAGCUCCCUCGUGGUGAGGCUUCAGGGUAUGGAGACGUUGAAAUGGGAAGGCAAAUUUCAACAAACUCAGCUGAAAUGGGCUUUGAAGGUUUCUUCACACAGGUCCAAGAUAUUGAGAAGCAAAUCGAGAAACUCUCAAAGCUAUUGCAGAACCUUCAGGAUGCUAAUGAAGAGUCAAAAACUGUCAUAAAAGCAGCUGCUAUGAAAGAAAUCAAGCACAGGAUGGAGAAUGACAUUGAUGAAGUUUUGCGAGUUGCCCGCACCACGAAAACAAAACUUGAAGAACUAGACAGAGAUAACUUGGCCAAUAGGCAGAAGCCUGGAUGCGGAAAGGGAUCAAGCACCGAUCGAUCUAGAACUGCAACUACUGUAGCAUUGAAAAAGAAGCUGAAAGAAAAGAUGAGCCAGUUCCAGACUCUAAGAGAAACGAUACAGAAAGAAUACCGUGAGGUCAUCGAGAGAAGAGUCUUCACAGUAACAGGCACUCAUGCUAAUGAAGAGACAAUUGAUCAACUGAUAGAAACUGGAAAAGGGGAUCAAAUAUUUGCAAAAGCUAUUCAGGAGCAGGGACGUGGACAGGUACUGGACACACUUGCGGAAAUCCAAGAGCGCCAUGAUGCAGUGAGAGACAUAGAAAAGAAGCUUCUUGAGUUGCAGCAGAUAUUCCUGGACAUGGCAGUGUUGAUUGAGGCACAAGGUGAAAUGCUUGAUAACAUUGAGGACCAGGUUAACCGUGCUGGUGUCUUUGUUAGCUCUGGAGUUAAUGCUCUAAGCAAGGCAAAGAUAUUACAGAAGAACUCCCGCAAAUGUAUGUGUAUAGCAACAAUCAUCCUUCUCAUAAUCAUCGCGGUUAUAGUCCUUGCUGUGAUCAGACCAUAGGCAUAAAACUUUGUAAGGCUUCAAAAGUUACCUGCAUAGAAAGACAAAUAACAGAUGUCUUACGUUUGUUGUUUUCUGAGUGUUCUCCUUUCUUUGUCUUUUAAAAAGAUCUUAUAUUGGUUCUUUUUAUCAUUUAUCAAUUGAUAGAUUUGUUUCUGUUUGCAAGUUUAUUAUUA